CGGAGCAUUGUAAUUAAGCCACAAUUUAAUAGCUAACUACACCAUACCACAUUGUUCGUGCAGCCUUCUUAUAGAGCUUUCACUUCCUGAAAGCUUCGGGCAAAUCGAUCAAUGUGCUCUCUUGAAGGGCACCCUACUUAUUGUUUCUUUGCUGGCAACUUGCUUUUCAUGGUGUCAGAGAGUCGUGUGGCCAGAAAGGACCUGGGUCUGGACCUCCCCGGGAUUGGUCUCGGAAUUGGUGCUGGGAUAGGCAUCGGAAUAGGUGGUAGUGGCUCGGGGUCAGGGCCAGGAGCUGGCUCAGGCUCUGGUUCUGGUUCUAGUUCCAGCUCGAGGUCGGUGUCAUCGUCCAGCUUGGGUUCUGGGUCGGGAUCUUCUGGGGAUGGGUCGGAAGCUGGUUCACAUGCUGGAUCCUAUGCAGGGUCUAGGGCUGGUUCUGGGUCAGGGUCUGAAGCUGGGUCGGAAGCUGGCUCAUCAGAUGCAGGUUCCUGGGCUGGAUCGGGAUCGGGAGGAGAUUAGAGCUGGACGUCCAUGUAGCCAGACAUGAAGUGUAUGUCAGGAAUUAAUGAACAUAAGUAAACGUAUGUAUGGAAUAAAUUGUUCUCCUAUUGAAAGAGGAGUGACCAUGAUUGUGAAUGCAAUCUAAUAACCCUUGCGAACGUAAAAA